AUGGUGCGGGAGACGAGCGCUACGGCUAACCGGGGAACCAACGCCGAACUAGCCGAUUACUUCGGGAAACAGUCGCGGAAACAAGACUGUGCUGACUUCGACCGCACUUUGAGGGAUGUGGUUAACAGCACUAAAGAGGCAAUGGUGGCCCUGCAGAGAAGAAAUCCUGCAGUCCAGCCGUUGCUUGCCAUUAUACAGGUGGGUGAAGACGACAGCCUGUUGGAAAUCAAUAAGAAAAUAGCAGGAAAGUUGGGCUUAAACGUCACACAGAUAUGUCUAGCCAAGGAUCCCAGCGAAGAUGAAAUUGUGGAAGAGGUGUUAAAGCUGAACGAGGACCCCAGGGUGCACGGCAUCUACCUCCAUCUCCCACCUUCUUCGCUUUCCAGCCGAUUGCUUGACACGCUCAAACCCGAGAAGGAUAUAGAUGGGAUAACAUAUUUAAACAUGAGUCGUCUGGUACAAGGUAAACUCAACGGUGGCUUUGUGCCGCCUGUCGCAAGCGCUGUAAUGGAUCUGUUGCAAAAACAUGACUCUCCUAUAGAAGGAAGAACCGUAUUAAUGAUCGGUGCUGAAGGACCCCUUGGUGUGGCCUUGCAGUGCCAACUGGAAAGAAGUGGAAUGGCCGCUCUAAGAAGUCAUUCCAAUUUCAAGAACCGGCAGAGACAGGUGAUGGAGGCUGAUGCCGUUGUCCUACUUGGUGAAGAGGAUCUUGACAUUCCCUCUACCUGGAUCAGGCCAGGGGCCGCAGUGAUCCGCUGGCAUCCCAACAUAGACACAGAUGAUUCUGGGGUGUCCUCAAAGUCCGACUUGGCGUAUCUCACUGCAGCGUACAGAAUACAGAAUGUGGUGCACAGCAGCAGUCAGAAGCUCCAGGAGCAGCAGUAUCGACCCUGGCAACUUCGCAGCCUCAAACUCCAGCCUCUGACACCUGUACCAAGUGACAUCGAGAUUUCUCGAGCUCAGACACCCAAAGCGGUGGAGCUGCUGGCGGAGGAGAUUGGUCUGUUGCCAGAAGAGCUUGAAGCUUACGGCAGGAGCAAAGCAAAGGUUCGCCUAUCCUUGUUAGACCGCCUUCAAGCACAGCCUGACGGCAAAUAUGUCCUGGUGGCAGGUAUAACUCCGACCCCGCUUGGCGAAGGGAAGAGCACCGUGACCAUCGGCUUAGUCCAGGCCCUGUCUGCUCACCUAAAGCUCAACUCUUUCGCAUGUUUACGACAACCGUCUCAGGGACCCACCUUUGGGGUUAAAGGGGGAGCUGCAGGAGGUGGCUAUGCCCAGGUCAUCCCAAUGGAGGAGUUCAACCUCCAUCUGACGGGGGACAUUCAUGCAAUCACUGCAGCCAACAACUUGGUGGCGGCCGCCAUCGACGCCAGAAUGCUUCACGAGGCGACCCAAUCAGACAAGGCUCUGUACAGCAGACUGGUCCCUUCAGUCAACGGAGUAAGACGAUUUUCACCCAUCCAGAUUGCAAGAUUGCGUCGUCUCGGCAUCAACAAAAGCGACCCUGACCUUCUGACGCCGCAAGAAGUCAGUUCUUUUGUCCGUCUUGACAUCGACCCUUCCAAGAUAACCUGGCAGAGAGUGGUUGAUACAAACGACCGCUUUUUGAGGAAGAUCACCGUCGGACAGGCCAGCACUGAAAAAGGACAAAUUAGAGAGACAGGCUUCGACAUUGCGGUGGCUAGCGAGAUCAUGGCCAUUUUGGCUCUAGCAGACAGCCUGGAGGACAUGAAACAAAGACUGGCGCGCAUGGUGGUGGGGACCAGCCGCUCCGGACAGCCCGUCACCGCAGAGGACCUGGGUGUGAGCGGAGCACUAGCCGUGCUAAUGAAGGAUGCCAUCAAGCCCACACUGAUGCAAACCCUAGAGGGUUCACCAGUGUUUGUCCACGCCGGGCCCUUUGCCAACAUCGCCCAUGGCAACUCUUCGGUCCUCGCAGACAAGCUGGCUUUGAAGUUGGUCGGACGGGACGGCUUUGUUGUGACCGAAGCCGGCUUUGGCGCAGACAUCGGCAUGGAGAAGUUCUUCAACAUCAAAUGUCGGACAUCCGGCUUGAGGCCCAACGUGGUGGUUUUGGUCGCGACCGUUCGGGCUCUGAAGAUGCACGGCGGAGGCCCCAAUGUAUCAGCUGGCGCGCCACUUCCAAGAGAAUACAUCGAUGAGAAUCUCUCCCUCGUCGAAGGUGGCUGCCUUAGCAAUCUGAAAAAGCAGAUAGAGAUAGCUCAUCUGUUUGGGGUUCCGGUUGUAGUGGCGCUUAAUGUCUUCAAGACAGACACCCAGGCAGAGAUAGACCUCGUGUGUCAGCUAGCCAAAGAGUGCGGGGCGUCCGACGCAGUGCCAUGUCACCAUUGGGCGCAGGGCGGGCGAGGAUCUGUGGACCUUGCCCUGGCUGUGAAAAAUGCAUCAAGCAAACCCAGCAACUUCCAGUUCCUCUAUGAUAUUGAGAUGCCAAUAGUGGAGAAAAUUAGAAGCAUAGCCCAAAGGGUGUAUGGCGCCGAUGACAUCGAGCUGUCCUCUGAGGCCAUUGACAAAAUAAAUUACUAUGAUCAACAGGGCUUUGGUUCUUUACCAAUCUGCAUGGCCAAGACCCACCUAUCCUUGUCCCACAUGCCGACAAAAAAAGGUGCACCCACUGGAUUCAUUUUGCCGAUAAGAGAUGUUCGCGCCAGUAUCGGGGCUGGCUUCAUCUAUCCCCUCGUGGGAACGAUGAGCACCAUGCCCGGCCUGCCAACUCGACCCUGUUUCUACGACAUCGACCUUGACCCACUCACUGAGGAGAUCACGGGGCUCUUUUGA